GUGUGACGCCAUUUUACGUAAAACAAACAAACAAAAAGCAAAAUAGGUUUGUCGUCAUACGUGAUGACUGGCAACGAUUAGGAAUAAAAUAAUAUUGGUUGUCACACAAGACUUUUAAUCCACAUCUUCGCUCGGGUUUGACGCUUGACAGCUAACGUUGUUUCAAGAUUUCGGUACGCACGAUUAACGCGGUGUCGUGAGUGAAGACAGACCGUUGUUUGUGUUGAGGGUGAACUAAGCUGAUUUUAUUUUGAAACAAACAUGGCUGCAUGUCCGCUGUGGUGUUUGGCUCCUCCUCCCCAUCGGUAGCUCGGGUUCCAUUGAGCAGCCUGGGCCGGCCCAGACGUCGGGGGUUUGAGUCGGACGCGACGGUCACGCACGGAGUCGUUUUCACCGCGGACGUGUUCGGAGCCUGGCCGGCGUGUGCUCGCUCACAGUUGCCGGAGAGAAGCGUUUGUUUCUGGGGGUGGGGGGGGGGCAGACGAGCAGACGAGCGGCAGCACCGCAGCCUUGCGUCAAAUCCGGCUACGAGCUAAACGUUCAUACGACGUGGGGAGAAGCACGUUAUUAGGGCGUUAUUAUUUUGGGCGUCCACAUGUUGGCAUCUGACUGUUGUCAUUAUUGAGCCGUUUGUUUUUUUGGGGGGGGGGUUGGGGGAGGCGUGAUGGACCUGAAUUUUUACUCCCAUCUUACCGGCGAGAGCGGACAGCACGACGGCGAUCCAGAGUUCUUGGACCCGCAGUCCUUCAACGGAUUUGAUACUGACAACAAGUUCCCCGGAGGCAAUGACAACUACCUGACAAUUUCCGGGUCGGGCCAUCCCUUCUUGGCUCCGUCAGAGACCUUCCACACUCCCAGUCUGGGCGAUGAGGAGUUCGAGAUCCCUCCCAUCUCGCUGGACCCGGAUUCGUCGCUCACCGUUUCCGACGUGGUGUCCCAUUUCGGGGAGCUGUCAGACGCCAGUCCCUCCGACGGCGGGGCGGUCCCCGGGAGUGCCGUGGUGGAGGGCGACGACCCCUCCUUCGCCUCCACUUUUGUCCACCCCCCUUCGCAGGGUCUGGAGCACCUGAGUCUGGGAGUCAUCAACCAGUCCGGAGGCGCCCUGCUGGGCUCGUCCCUGGGAAUGGAUUUGGGCCAUCCCGUCGGCUCGCAGUUUAGCGGCUCGUCUCCGGUCACCAUCGACGUCCCGCUGGGAGACGUGAGCCAAGGCCUGCUGGGUUCCGGCCAGCUGACCACCAUCGACCAGUCGGAGCUCAGCGCUCAGCUGGGUCUCGGCUUGGGGGCCGGAAAUAUCCUACAGCGCCCGCGGUCGCCGGAGCACCCGCUGUCGGCUACGGCGUCGCCCACAAGCUCGCUGCAGGAUGAUGACAUGGAUGACUUCCGCAGGAGCAUCCUGGUGGACUCUCCGAUCUCUCAGAGCUUCUGUCCCGGCGUCAUCUCCCCGGACCCCGCCGCGGCCGAAGCGCCGCCGUCCGGCCCCGCCUCGGGCGCCUCGGCGGCCGCCGGCCGCAAGGGAGGGGGCGGCAGGGGGCGCAAGGCGGGGAAGAAGAAGGAAGACCCCAACGAGCCGCAGAUGCCCGUGCGGGCGUACGCGCUCUUCUUCAGGGAUACUCAGGCAGCCAUCAAAGGACAAAACCCCAAAGCCACCAUUGGAGAAGUGUCAAAGAUCGUGGCGUCCAUGUGGGACAGCCUCGGGAAGGAGCAGAAACAGGUUUACAAAAGGAAAAAUGAACUCGCCAAGAAGGAUUACAUGAGAGCACUUGCAGAGUACAGGGCCUCUCUCAAUUGUCAGGUCCCCAUCGAAGUGUUGGAUUCGGUGCCGUCGCCGCCGCCCCCGCAGGCCCCCCCAGCUGCCAGCGUGGCGCCCACCGUGUCGCGCCCCACCAGGGCCCAGCAGUACAACCCGGAAGAGAACACUAUCACCAACAUCUGUACCUCCAACAUCAUCUUGGACCUGCCUCAGGUGACCACACGCUCCCGCACGGGCGCCAUCAGACCGCAACCGCCGCCCGAGACCAACCCGCCCCCCGUCGCCAAGAUCAUCAUCAAGCAGACGCAACUGCCCUCCGGCGGCGUGUCGGUCACGGCGAUGCCCGCCUCGUCGCCGCGACAGCCGCCGCCGCUGCAGCAAAUGCAGAGCACGCCGCCGCCGCCCAGGCUGCAGCAGAUGGUGCACGCCCAAGCUCCGCCGCCCCUGCAGGCCAAGCCUCGGGGAGGCGGCGCGGCGGCCUCCGCGGCUCCGCCCCCGCUACAGAUCAACGUGGUACCGUCGGUGCGUCAGGCGGAUCCCGGCGCUCCGGUCAUCGUGACGUCGGCCUGCGAAACGUCGGAUACGGCAAAGGCGGAGGGACAGUCGGCCGCCACCGCGGUGGCCAGAGGGGAGGAAGUGAUGGAGGCUGAGGAAGGGAUGGAGGUUGAGGUGAAAGUGGCCCCCAGGCUUGGCAUCACGCCCGCCGCCCGUCUGAACAUUUGCGUGCGCACCGGUUGCACCAACCCGGCAGUGGACAGCAAAGACUGGGACAAAGAGUACUGCAGCAACGAGUGUGUCGCUACACACUGCAGGGACGUGUUCACGGCCUGGUGCGCCAUCCGAGGGCAGAACUCCACCACGGUCACCUAGCGGAGGGACCCUUGUGACCCAUCCAUCCAUUUAAUUUUUAUUUUUUGAAAGCACUUACCCGGUUCAAAGUCACGGGGACGCUGGAGUCCAUCUCAGCUGACAGUGGGUGAAAGGUGGACGACACCUUGGGUGGUCAGUCACAGGGCACGUAGAGACAUACAACCAUUUAUACCUGGAGUACCACUGCGCGAUCAGUGACCCCUCCCGCAUGACCAAGGACCAGUGAGUGAGUGAGUGAGUGAGUGAGUGUAGGCCAGAUGAGGCUCAGGUAUUGGCACACAUUUUUGAUCCUAUUUGGGUCAAGACUGCUUCCAGGUGUUGCUUUAUUUGCGAAGAUUUCACUGUGUUUGUGUUACAUUGAGGGUUGAGGUGUGUGCGUGCGCGUGUGUGUGUGUGAGUGAAAUGUGAAAACUGUGCUCUGUAAACAUUUGGACAGCAGCUUCCUUGUUUGUUUGGAACAAAGGUGGAGGAAAGGCACCUCACUCCAUCGCACUCGUUUGUUUCUGUCCGGGUCGAUGGAUCAAGUUUGUUGGUAGUGUUCGCUAAAAGGCAGCUUCUGAUUUGAGGGGGAAAACCCUCGUUUUAGUUUGGGGUCGCAAGAGAGGGUCGAAGGUUUUUAGCGAUGUGGUCGCCACAUGUACAAGCCACCUUUCAGGAAUCAAGAAACACUGAGAAUUGGUGCUAAGAUUCAAGAAACAAACAAAGAAAAACUUUGUCCUCUCGCUUGGAUUGUUGUUAUGAACUGCGAUGCAAAUUUCGUGUCGUGUGGAACAUCGGAGGUGAACGUGUCAAGAGUGAAAAAGACAUCAAUCCUGUUGACUGAAAAGGAAUUGAUGAGCUUUUUUUUAAAUGAAUAUGAAAUAUGGAGUGCUCGUGUGCAGAGGAAUUCAGCACGAAAGGGGAGCUGGUAAUAAAACAUUUAUGUUUUAAUAUA